AUGGCUCAAACUUAUUGUGUUAAGUGCUGUGCCAAAACAAAUUCCACAUCUGAGAAAUUGGAAACUGCCAAAAGUGGUAGGAAAAAAUUAAUUGGCAAAUGUAUUGUUUGCGGUACUAAUAAACAUACUUUUGUAUCUAAGGAUGGAUUGAUUAAAUUAAAGACUCCUGCUGAAGAAGCUAUUGCUAAGGGAAAAAAGGAAAAGGCCAAAGAGCAUAAGAAAGCUCUCAUAGAAAAUGGUCUAAUAGAAAUUUUUGCAAACAAGUUGGAAAAGUGUUUGAAGAGAUGGAUAUUAUGUUUUACUUAG